AUGUCUGAUACUAAGAAAUGGGCUAACGCGGAAGAUGGGUCUUUCAAAAGACAAGUGUCGUCGUUUAGAGAAACAAUCUCUCCAUCGCAUGCCAUUUUCAAGCCGGCCAAGGGUCGCUACUGGCUGUACGUGUCGCUAGCAUGUCCCUGGGCUCACAGGACCUUGAUUACAAGAGCAUUGAAGGGCCUAACAUCAGUUAUUGGGGUUUCUGUGGUUCACUGGAAUAUGGAUGCCAAGGGCUGGCGUUUCCUCCCCUACAGUGCAAGCUCGGCCGACGAACUUGGCGACGUUUAUAGUCCUGCCUCUGGAAUCGCCUGUACCCCCACGAGCAGCUCCGUGUCAAGCGUAACCAAUGACUCGCAGAGGCUGGGCGUUGAUGGAACAAUCGAACACAAUUACCACUACAAUAGGCUCAAAGAAUUGUACUACAAGGCCCACCCCAACUACAACGCCAGGUUCACGGUUCCUGUUUUGUGGGACUUGGAGACUCAAACCAUUGUCAAUAAUGAGAGCUCAGAGAUCAUACGCAUUUUGAACAGCGGUGUCUUCGAUGAGUUUGCCGACCCAGAAAAGAACCAGCUGGAUCUGUUGCCCAAAGAGUUGGAAGCUCAGAUUGACGAGAUCAAUUCUUGGGUUUACAAUACCAUCAACAACGGGGUUUACAAAGCAGGUUUUGCGGAAUCUCCACAAGUAUAUGAAAAAGAAGUCUCGAGUGUCUUUGAACAUCUCCAAAAGGUUGAGCACAUCCUUCGGAUCAAUUAUGACACAGCAGUCAGCAAAUAUGGUGCAGAGGGAGCAGUUUCGAAAUUAUUCCUGAUCAACGAGCAAUUGACAGAGGCCGACGUGCGUCUGUACCCUACAAUUGUUCGUUUCGACCCAGUUUACGUUCAACACUUUAAGUGCAACUUGUCAACUAUUAGAGACGGAUUUCCUAUGGUCGACUUAUGGCUUCGUAAUCUGUAUUGGAACAUACCCGCUUUCCGCGACACGACGAACUUCGAUCAUAUCAAGUUACAUUAUACUCGAAGCCACCCAAGAGUUAAUCCUUUGGGCAUUACCCCGCUUGGACCGGUUCCAGCUAUCCUGCCUUUAUAA